AUGAAUUCUUACGUUCUUCUCAUUGCCCUUGUGGUGGCUACUGGAGGCUUCGUUUUUGGAGUCGACUCUGGCAUCAUAGCAACAACACUUGGACAUAAAUCUUUUGCUAUCUACAUGUAUGGUCCUUCAGCCAAAAACGCGUCAUUGACAGGUGCCAUCGUCUCGCUUUACAAUGCCGGUCAAGCUCUUGGUACCUUCAUCACUGGAUAUAGCGCAGAUAGGUUUAGUCGCAGAUGGACCAUAUGCGCCGCAGGAGUUCUGGCCACGUUUGGAGCAGCUCUACAAACGGCCGCCCAGAACGUUGGUAUGAUGAUCGCCGGCAGAUUUAUUGCUGGUCUCGCAUGCGGCAUGAUCCUCGCUGUUGUGCCUGUUUACAUUGCGGAAGUAUCACCUCCCAAGAAUCGUGGCUUCAUUGUCGGUUUGCAAGGCAUGAUGAUCUCGAUUGGCUUCAUGGUCGCGAAUUGGAUUGGCUAUGCAGGGGGCUACGCUUCUGGCAAUGCUCAAUGGAGAAUCCCUCUCGCUAUGCAGAUGCCUGGGGCCAUACUUCUCUCCAUUGGCUGUUUCUUCAUUCCAUAUACUCCUCGUUGGCUGGUCGGAAAGGAGAGAUAUGACGAGGCUAAAGCAGUUAUUAUCCGCCUCCACGGAGAACAGACAGAGGAGUUCCUUGCCCAAGAGUUCACGCAGAUCCACGACCAAAUCCUCCUUGAAAACGAGGGACGGAACACGGGUCUGGUUUCCUCGGUUGGCAAGCUCUUCUCCAAGCAGUAUUUUCGUCGCACAGCCACUGCUUGUUUUAUAUUGAUGAUGGGACAAUUAAGUGGUUCGACUGUCAUACAGAACUACCAAAGCAUUUUUUAUGCUGCUGUCGGAUAUACUGGUCGUACAGGGCUUCUAAUUUCUGGCAUUUACGGUUUUAUGGGCAUUUUCGGACAGAUCGCCUACUUAGCCUUUGUAGCAGACAAGUGGAUGAGGACAAGAACACUCUGGAUUGGGUCUGGCUUUCUAUGCGUAAUGAUCAGUAUCAUCAUGGCACUAUCCGCUGAGUUCGGAGCCGGAACGACCGAUCAAUCGGGGCCUCGAGCUGCUAUCGCCUUCAUCUUCAUCUACUCGUUUGGCUACGCCCUAUUCUUCAACGCCAUGGUCUGGGUCGUGCCCGUGGAGCUCUUCCCAUUCUUCCUGCGAUCCAAGGGGCUCGGGCUAGCUGUCUUCUCUAAAGCUGUUGUCGCCAUCGUUCUCGCCCAAAUUACUCCAAUCGCCAUCGAAAACGUUCAUUGGAGAUAUUACUCCUUGUUCAUUGCUUCAAACUUUGCUGCUGGUUUGAUCUACUAUUUUUUCCUGCCGGAGACAAAGGGAAAGAGUCUUGAGGAAAUUGCGGAGCUGUUUGGAGAUGCGUUGGCCACGGAGCAGUUGGAGGACAUUGAUACUAGUGGCAAGGAGAGAAUAAAUCCUACCAAGCAUGUGGAGAGUGCUUGA